AUGCACCUGCCCGGCUGCGCGCCAGCCAUGGCCGACGGGAGCUUCUCUCUCGCUGGCCACCUGCUCCGCAGCCCGGGCGGGAGUACCUCGCGCUUGCACAGCAUCGAGGCCAUCCUGGGCUUUACCAAGGACGACGGGAUCCUAGACCCAUUCCCUGCAGAGAGGGGUUCCAGGGGCGCGAAAGAGCGGGAUCCCAGGCUGAGCGCACGGCCCGCCUGCCCCAAGGCGCCAGCCGGAGGCUCUGAGUCUUCCCCGCCGCCAGCCCCCGGGCUGGUCCCCGAGUACGAAGCUUCUCGCCCCUGCUACCCCAAGGAGCAGGGAGAGGUACGGCCGAGUCCAGGACUGCCGGUUGGGCCAGCAGCAGGCGACUCGAAGCUUCCAGAGGAGGAACCUCCCAAGAAGAAGCACCGCCGGAACCGCACAACGUUCACCACGUACCAACUGCACGAGCUGGAGCGCGCCUUCGAGAAAUCCCACUACCCCGACGUGUACAGCCGCGAGGAACUGGCCGGCAAGGUUAACCUACCCGAGGUUCGGGUCCAGGUGUGGUUCCAGAACCGACGGGCUAAGUGGAGGCGGCAGGAGAAACUGGAAGUGUCAUCCAUGAAGCUGCAGGACUCGCCCCUCCUCUCCUUCAGCCGCUCUCCGCCUUCCUCUGCUCUGGCCCCGCUGGGGACCGGCCCGGGCAGCGCUAGCGGACCCCCGGGGAGCGCCCUGCCGCUGGAGCCCUGGCUCGGGCCGCCGCUGUCGGGUGGAGGCGCCACAGCGCUGCAGAGCCUGCCGGGCUUCGGGCCACCGGCUCAGGGCCUCCCGGCCAGCUACACGCCCCCACCGCCCUUCCUGAACUCCGCGCCCCUGGGCCCGGGUCUGCAGCAGCUCGGGCCGCCGCCCGCAUACCCGUGCGCGCCAGGAUUCGGGGACAAGUUCUCCCUGGAAGAGGCAUACCCUCGCAACAGCAGCAUCGCGGCGCUGCGCCUCAAGGCCAAGGAGCACAUCCAGGCCAUCGGGAAGCCCUGGCAAGCCCUCUAG